AUGCCCAGCCGCUCCGACUACCAACCGCUGCGGCAGUCCUUCGACGACGAGGACGAAGACGAGGGGGCGGAGGUCGACGUCGGCGUCGAGGGGCGCCCCGCGCCUGCGCCCGCGGCGGAACCGACGCGGUCGGCGCGCGGGAUACGCCGCGCGCACCACCCCGGGAACAUCGACCUCCGGAAGCUCGACACUGCGUUCAAAAGGUGGACGGAGAGCAUCGCGCAGAAGAUGAAGCGGAAGAAGAAGGCGGAGGACGUGCAUGCGAGGAAGGAGAUCUGGCGGAGCGUGUUCGACCCGCCCGUCCUCCCCGCCCUCGCUCCCACCGGAACCGCGAAGACGCUGGACCACAAGCCCCCCAUGACGGAGGCAGAAUUCACCGCCAAUCUGGUGCUGGGCGUCAAGCACGCCAUCGCCGAGGGCGUACACCCGAAGAUGAUCACCAAGGGCUCGUCGGGCUCGUACUUCUCCCGCGCCAAAGUCGACGGGCGGGUGCAGAUCGUAGCCGUGUUCAAGCCCAAGGACGAGGAGCCGUAUGGCCGGUUGAACCCGAAGACGACGAAAUGGGUGCAUCGACAAUUGCGAUGGAUCAUUCCCUUUGGCCGUGCAUGUCUCAUCCCCAAUCUCAGCUAUAUCUCGGAGGCUGCGGCAUCGCUCUUAGAUUCCCGACUGAACCUGAACAUCGUUCCGCGAACACAGCUCGUGUCGCUCUCCAGCCCAGCUUUCUUCUAUGACUGGAUAGACCGCACUGCGUUCAAGAAGGGCAAGCCGUUACCCGAAAAGAUCGGGAGCAUGCAGUACUUCCUGCACGGCUACCAGGACGCGUCCGAGUUCCUGCGGAGGCAUCCCUGGCCGGGACGCUCGAUCGCAGACACGUUCGACGACUCGACGCAUAGGACGGGGAACGUGUCGAAGCGGCUCCUCGGCGCGCUCAAGAUCGUCUGUGGCAAGACCGGCGCAGAGGAGGAUAUGUACGAGGACGACGUCGAGGACGAGCGCGUGCUGUACGACGCGUCGGAGAGCCGCAGCCCCGACAGGCCGUUCUACUGGUCCGUCGCGCUCCAGCGGAGCUUCCGCGAGGAGCUCGAAAAGUGCGACACUCUACUACAUCGCGCCCUUCGCCCUUAUUAUCUCAUGCUGAACACCGAUCGCGGCGCGGACAACUACAUGAUCAAGUACUGCCACGGCGACCACCAGCCGUCGCUCAUCGACGUCGCGCCCACCCGCUCUGCGCAGAUCGGGAUCCCACAGAUGAACGAGAUCCGGCGCAGCGAGGGGUCACCGAGCCCACACCUCGCGCCGUCCCCGCCGCCGCCGCCGCCGCCGCCAUCGCAGCUGCAGCCCCAGCCGCAUCCGCCGCCUAGCAUCUCCUUCCUGAGCCCGCCGCGCAUCUCGCGCACGGGCUCGGGGUCCGGCAUCAGCGGCCCACAGCAGCAGCAGCAGCAGGCGUACACGCGGCAGCCGCACAUCCACAUCGCCGCGAUCGACAACUCGCUCUCGUUCCCGCACGAGCACCCGCACGGCUGGCGCGCGUAUACGUACGGCUGGCUGUACCUGCCCGUGAGCCUCAUCGGGCGGCCGUUCAGCGAGCGCACGCGCGCGCACUUCUUGCCGCUGCUCACGAGCCGCGUGUGGUGGGAGGAGACGACGUUCCAGCUAAGGAAGCUGUUUGCGGUCGAUCCGGAUUUCCAUCCGAAGAUGUUCGAUCGACAGCUGGCGGUGAUGAAGGGCCAGGCGUGGAAUAUCGUCCAGUCUUUGAAACACGACGACGAAGGCCCCCUGGAGCUCACACGGCGCGCCAAGGCGCUCGUCUGGGACGACGCAAUGGAGCUCGACGAAGACACCAUCACGGAGCUCGUCCACGGGCCGCUCACGGCCUCGCCGCAAGCCUCGAUCAGCACGCUGCCGCCGCUCCCACUCUUCAGCCCGCAGCUGCACAAGCGCGCGCGCAGCAGCUCGAGCGAGUUCCCGCCGCCCAUGCGCCGCACGAGCACGGACGUGCGCCCCGUGCCGUUCUCCGCCAAGUUCCAGCGCGUGCACCCCGGCACGACGGGCGUGACCGUGCUCGAGCACAUGGAACGCCUCGACGCGGUCGAGGCGAGCCUCGAGCGCCUCGCGAGGGACGGCGCGCCGGACGAGGACGCGGAUGCGGAUGCGGAUGCGGAUGCGGUCGAGGAGGACGUCGCGGAGGGCGCGUCCGUGGCGUCGACAUCUGCGCCCGCGUCGACGUCGGCCCCGCGCUCCGUCCCGCGCACGCCAGGCGGCAGCCCGAAGAUCCCGACGGACGCCGCCGCCAUAGCGGCGGGGGGCUCGAGCGUGCCCCUGCGCGCGGGCGUGCCCGAGCUGCCGCCCGUGCCGGAGGUCGCGUCGUCGUCGUCGUCGUUCGUGGAGGAGGAGGACCUGGUCGCGCUCUCCAAGUCGACGUCGCAGCUCGAGGUGUCGCAUUCGGGCGGCGGGGGCCACGGCCGGUGGAAGAGCCACGGCUCGGGGCGCGCGCAGGUGCGGACGAACUUGGACUGGAUGCAGGAGGAGCCCGCGAAGAAGCGGACUGUGAUCUGCGAGCGCCUCGAGAUGGUCCAUAAGAAAGCGCUGUUUUCCUGCUGAGCAUGGGACCCUGAUCGUUUCUGCAUACCCAUUUCAUACACACAGACGGCGUACGCCGUACCCGUCACCUGAUGACCUUUCCACGCACCUUGUUUCGAUAUCCUCGCCUGUAUUUAGAACCGACUAUCUGCCGAACCGAACCGGGAGGAGCACUAAUAUUGAAGCUAUCAUUUAGAGGGCU